ACAGGUUAAUAAACUAGCAUGCUAGCUAGUCUCUUGGAAAAGGUGGGUCGCUUGAAAACGAUUUGUUAACUAGAUAAUUACACGUAUGUCCAUUAAUUGGCAGAAGACAAGUGACGAAUAUUAUGAAGAAUGAAUAACUUUGAAAGCUGUGCUCGUCGACAAAAGCAAACCAGGCAAGAUCGGGUCAUUUUCAACACAUUGAAUUCCCAGUGAGGUGUUUUUCUAAGCUCCAUGGACACCUUGGAUAGUAGGAGUGAGCCCCGGUAUUCUGAUGGCGAUCACAACCAUUGGCUGAUGGAGAGACGGGAAGACAUGGAUCAGAGGGGCCGGGAGGGGUGGCGGCUGGUAGAUGUCCUGCUCUCAGGGGGUGCUCCAUGGGGAUUCACACUCAAAGGAGGCAGAGAGCACCGAGAACCACUGCUCAUCACAAAGGUGGAGGAGGGCAGCAAAGCAGCAGCGGUCAGCCUCCAGGUUGGAGACGAGAUGGUGAACAUCAACCAGGUCCCUCUGAGCGGUUACAGGCAGGAGGCCAUCUGCCUGGUCAAGGGAUCAUACAAGACCCUCAAUCUGGUUGUCAAGAGGAAUAUGAGAAUGGUGGAUUUAGUAGCUACUGGAAAAAUGCCCUCUGAGACUGAUGUCCAUGUGGCCAGGAGUUUUCUCAACAAGAUAUUACGAAGUUCCAUGAGGAGGAAUGAAGCCGUAAGCAGGCCUCACUCCUGGCACGCCACCAAGUUCAACGAGAGCCAAUCAGAGACUGCCAAAACUCAGUCUCCGCCCCCGCCGGUCUGGCAGACCGGAUAUGAUGCAAGCUUCUCCUCUACCAACCUCUCCUCGACUGGCUGGGACCAGAACCAGACUAACCUACGGCGAGUAUCAGACCAGUUCAGCUCUCUGGGCAGCAUGGACAGUCUAGACGUCUCCCACCACCCCUACCCCCCUGGACACCAAUCCCCAGGACGCUUCUCCCCGGUCAAGUCCAACACCAGCACGGAGCACCUGGGAGGGGGCAAGAGGGACUCUGCAUACAGCUCCUUUUCCACCAACUCUGGUACCCCAGACUACACCCUCUCCAAGACACCAGACCACACCCUCCCUAAGACACCAGACCACACCCUCCCUAAGACACCAGACCACACCCUCCCUAAGACACCAGACCACACCCUCCCUAAGACACCAGACCACACCCUCCCUAAGAGCAAUGCUGCCUCCACAGAGAACAUGCUGUAUGAGGUUAACCAGUGGGAGUCAGGGGGCCGGCCCAGUAACAGCAGACAUAGCCUGAGUAGUGAGAGGGUCAGGCAGGACGAGAGGCCAGGGUAUCUGCAACUGGCUGGGGGACAUGGGGCCAACAUGGGCCUGGACAGCCCCUGGACAGCGGAGCAGUCAGGGUCAGGUUCUUCCCACUCCUCCAGCUCUGCUAGGGCUAGCUGCGGUCCCGUCUGGCACGUUCCUGACAAGAAGAAGACCUCCGAUCCCUCUCCUCCUCCCCCACCGCCCGUACGCAGUGACAGUUUCGCUGUGACGAAGUCCCAUGAGAAUGUUCUGGUUAUAGCCUGUCCAGAGGGACCCGGUGCUCACACCCAGCCCAAGGCCCAUGGUGAAGGAAUGGAUAACUCUGAUAACUCACAAUGCACCAAUGACUCUCGGCGUAGCCAUCACAACUUACCCUCCAAGAACAACAUGGUCCCUCCUUACAUUCCACCAAAGAACUGUCAUCCCAACCAGGUGAACUGUAACAAGCUUUGCUCCCUGUCCAGUAGUGAUGUCAGGCUGGGCCAGCUCCCCCCUACCUACUUGCCCUGCCACCAGAGACAGUACAGUAAUGAGAGCUCUCUCUACUCCCACCCCAGGAGUUGGUCUGUCCCCAAACAGCAGAACGUCAGCAUCUGCUACAGCAGCAUGCAGGAGCUCCCCACCAACUACAAUGCCCAGAACACCCAGCUCUACAGCCAGACCCCAGACUGCACUGGAGACAGCCGGUACUACUGUGUGACGGCCAGACAGCCUGGUCAACCGGUCACCCAGGCCCUGCUGGUCAAGACUGAUGAAAGGAGGGGUGGAGGGGGUAGAGAGGAGGGUGUGGAGGGUGGCAGUGAAAGGAGGAGAGCAGUGAGCAUCAUACAGGGUGGAGGAGAUAAGAAGUCACUCACUCCCCUGGGGUCAGGGGUUACCAAGGCUAAGUACCAGCCAGCUCCACCCCUCAACAACGACAGUAAGGGAUACAGCAGACAGGAUGACGGCUCCCACCACAAACAGCCAGCUACCGUUUGUCCCUCUGCUGUACUGGAGUCCUCUACAGGCCAGCCCAGCCUGAAGAGGAACAACAGUCAGACUGCAGAGCCCCACUGUAUGAGUUACCCCCCGAGAAGACAGUCUCUACAACCUCUUCAGCAGGACACCAUACACCGUCAAGAGAUGCUGCCAGACAGUCAGAUCUGCCCUCAGACCACCAGCGGCCUCAGCAACUCAGGCCUCGUACCCAGAGACUGUUCCAGUGUGGAGACUGUAGAUCUCUCCAGUAACCAGUGCACCAGGACUGACCGGUUCGCCACCACCCUGAGGAAUGAGAUCCAGAUGAGACGUGCCCAGCUGCAGAAGAGUCAGAGCGCUGCCUCCCUGAGUGGACCCUGUGAGGCGGAGGAGAACCAUGAGGUCCCAGAGGUCUGGAGGCCCAAAGACACCACCUCUUCUUCAGAUGGCUCCUUCACCUCCACCUAUAAGGACCAUCUGAAGGAGGCACAGGCCCGCGUGCUGAAGGCCACCUCCUUUAGAAGGAGAGACCUGGAGCCUGUCCUUCUGGAGCACCCUGUGGCAGAGGCAGGGUCCCUGCCGGACUACUCUUCCUCUGGUCUGGGGAGGAGCGACAACUCUAACCCCCUGUCCAGCCUCUCUGAGGGCCUCCCAGCCAGGUCUGGCUCUGCCCAGAGUCAGGUGACCCGUAUUGGAAGCAGGAAGCGUUUCACCACGGAGAAGAAGGUCCGGUGUUUCUCUGAGCCAGACAAAAUCAAUGAUGUGGGGGUGGAGGAGGAGCUGACCCCCCCUAAGACUGCAGACUCCAUGCUGAACCGACGCUCCACCCCCAGACCUGCCUUCACCAGACCCCUCCCUAAAACUGCCCUGCCAGGCCCUGUAGAGGACUGUGGAGAGGGCAAAGAGAUAGCCAGGGGUGAUUGUGACAUGUCCAGCAGCAGGAAGGAACAGAGAGAGUGUCAGGGACAGGACCACAGACAGCAGGCCCUUCUGGAGCUGCAGAGACUGGGGACCUUUGCUGAGUACGAGACCACCUGGAACACCCAGAAGAAAGCAGCUGAGACCAGAGCCUCAGGACGCUCCCACUCUGCUGAUAACAUCCUGGAUCCUGGAAAAGAUGACAGGACCAAACCAGCCCUAGUCCACGAGAGGUCCCGAUCCUCACCCUCCGCUGACUUCUAUGACAAGAGCCACAUUCCAGGGAGGAAGUCAGCAGAAUAUUCCCAACUGGAGAGCCAACCUGCCCAACAGGACAACAACACCACUGCGAGGUUGUCUGACAGAUGUCGUGUUGGAGAAUUCAGAGGAAGAGUGAAGAGAGAGAAGGCUCUGGAACCUCUGGAGCUGAAAGACUUCCCAGAACCCCCUCCACCCGUGACCAACGAGGAGAGCCCUGACAUCAGAUCCACUUCUGCCCCCUGCCCUGCCUACCACAGUCCCACAUCCAUCUCUUACCAGCCCCUGGAAACGGACUUCCCUCCCCCAGAUGAGUCCUACACCGAGCCCAAGACCUCAAUACCCCAGGUUCAUAUUCAGCUGCAGUCUGGUACCAGGAGGAAGGGUCCGCUCCCCCCACCCAGACAAGACCAUUCAAGACAUCCACAGAACACCCACUCCCAGGAGUCUCUGUCUGGCUCUCAGGGCGGAGCUUCUGCCUCCCACGCCCCGGUCUCCUCCCACUUUGCCUCUGGUUCCACCCACUCCCCAAGGGGGGAUUCUGAGCAGAGCAGAGGAUUGGUGGAGAGGGAGCAGGAGACGGUACACCAGGUAGUGCCAUCCAAUCCUGGUCCAGCCCUUCCUGCCUUGCCCAGUAUGAGGUGCCAUCGUUCUCCCUCUCCUCAGUUUGCUCCUCCUCAGCUGACAGACAAGCCUCCUGUCUCUCUCCAGCAGCACCAUGACAACCCUGUCUCUCUCUCGGUCUGUCUGCACUAUGACCAAAACAACAGGAUGGAGAAUGUGAUAGAGCCAAGCAGUGUGAGGAAGGUUCCUAUAAAGAUCAUUCACUCAGAGAGCGAGAAGGAGAGCCGACAGUACCUGGUGCAUCACAGUCACUCCACAGUGGAAGAAGCCCAGGGGCCCAGUCUGGUCCCCUUCAGCAGCCUGGGGACCUCAGGGGCCCCGGAACAGUCCUACUCUCUGUUCUGUGCCUACAGCCGGCAGAGGGACCAGGGGCCAGAGAGCGAGAAGGAGAAGGAAAGCCGACAGUACCUGGUGCAUCACAGUCACUCCACAGUGGAAGAAGCCCAGGGGCCCAGUCUGGUCCCCCUCAGCAGCCUGGGGACCUCAGGGGCCCCGGAACAGUCCUACUCUCUGUUCUGUGCCUACAGCCGGCAGAGGGACCAGGGGCCAGAGAGAGAGAAGACACUGGCCCCACCCAGUUACCCAGCCCCAGAACUGCCUACACCCCCACCCCCUUACCAAACCCCUGAGAUGGACCUGGAGCAACACGGAGACACACACAUGUGUCCUAUCAGGGUCCACAACAGCCAAAUGGCAGUCCUGGCCACAUCCCCACCCAGCCGACAGACCACCUCGGGCCCAGAGCCCCCCAGAGGUAACUGCGUGUCCCCUCCCGUCCCCCUCCCCCACUCUGAGGAGGAUGUGAAGACCGAGCAGCUGGCCAGAGACAUCAUGAAUAAGGAUCGGUCCCUAGCUGACAUCUUGGAUAAGAGCUGGAGGAGGACCACCAUGGACCUGAUGGAGGGACUCUUCCCCCAGGGAGAAGUGCUGCUGGAGGGGAAGGAGAGGAGGAAGGUGUCCCUCAAACACUCCUCACCACGGCCUUCAGAGGACAGGAGUGAGGAGGACAUUGUAGCGGCAGCAGUUUCUUUGGGGACCAGCUCCACCUAUUACAGCACGUCGGCACCAAAGGCUGAGCUUCUGAUCAAGCUGAAAGACAUGCAGGAGAGGGAGGGGCUAGAGGAGGAGCUGGAGGAGGAGUCAGCGGAUGAGUUAGACCACGACCUGGCCAAUAAAAAGCAGGAGCUGGUGGACUCUCUCAGCAGGAAGCUGCAGGUGCUGCGUGAGGCCAGGGAGAGUCUUCAGGAGGAUGUCCGUGAUAACAACGCCCUAGGAGAGGAGGUGGAGGCCACGGUGCAGCAGGUCUGUAUGCCAAACCAGCUGGACAAGUUCAGGAUGUUCAUAGGAGACCUGGACAAAGUGGUCAGCCUGCUGCUGUCCCUGUCCGGACGCCUGGCCAGAGUGGAGAACGCCCUCAACAGCCUGGAGGAUGGUACAUCACCUGAGGAGAGGAGAACCCUGACAGACAAGAGGAAGCUGUUGAUCCAGCAGCAUGAGGAUGCCAAGGAGCUGAAGGAGAACCUGGACCGCCGGGAGAGAGUGGUCUACAACAUCCUGGCUUCCUACCUCCCAGAGGAGAGCCUGACCGACUACCAACACUUUGUCAAGAUGAAGUCUGCCCUCAUUAUUGAGCAGCGCAAACUAGAGGACAAGAUUAAACUGGGAGAGGAGCAGCUCAAGUGUCUGAUGGACAGCCUGCCGCUAGAGCAGAGGAUGAGCCUGUAACCCCUGACCCCUGGAUCAGAGAAUGGCUCCAAACGCACAUGACUUCUCAAACUGUGUAUGAUGGACCUGACCACUCUGGCCUCACUGCAGUGGAACCCAAUGGCCACUAAGGGGCAGCAGAGAGGAGCAGCAGUACCCCACUAGAUGGCAGCAAAGAACAGAGCUCCAGACUGUAGGGGUUGUAAUGUUUAGUUGACGUUUCCUCCUCAGUAUCUCAACACUGAUCUGAGUCUAAUGGAGCCCCACCAGAACGUGUGUGUGUGUGUGUGUGUGUGUGUGUGUGUGUGUGUGUGUGUGUGUGUGUGUGUGUGUGUGUGUGUGUGUGUGUGUGUGUGUGUGUGUGUGUGUGUGUGUGUGUG